GAUUGGAUUCGAAGAGAUGGAGCGAUGGGUAUUGGAAUCGAAGCGAGACGAUGGGUACUGGAUCACUGAUUAGGCGGUAUAAAAUUUUGUUUCGGUGUUCUAAUCCAAAGAGUUCGAUCAUCAAUUCUGGGUUAAUGGAUAGUGAAAAUUGUACAAGCUUGGGCAAUCAACCAAUAAGUGAUUCCGAGGACUUACAAGGUAAAGAGCAGUGUGAUGAUUCUCAUUGUGAGCCUACUGAUGAUUUGCAUGUAGUGAAUGAAAUUGAAAACAAUGAAGAGGCAAUUGAAGAGGUGAUACUUGGAAAAGAGUUUAUAGAUGUUGAGAGUGCAUAUAAGUCCUAUAAGAAUUAUGGUGGCAAACAUGGAUUCAAUGUGAGGAUAAGAAACAGUAGAAAAAACAAUGAGGAGUUUUUCAUGUUCACUGAGGAGUUUUAG